AUGAUAACCUACUAAUUCUUAGAAGAAAAAUACUUAGAAAGUGCUAUUGAUUGCAUUCUUGAAACUAAAAUUUAAAAUGGGUCUGUCGGUGAGGCUAUGUAGCUAACUAGAGAAUUGCUAGAGUAAUCUACUAGAAGCAUGUUUUAAAAUUAGAAGAUCUAUGAAAACACAUACAUUGCAGUUGACCAAUCAAAAGAAAAUUUUGUUGCCGGAAUAGUAAUUUUUGUUGAGUUUUACGACUAUCUCGACUAUUUAAGUACUCCAUCAGAAGAUCCUUAACUAGAAAUGAGUAGAAUAGUCUUGCUCAAAGCUGCUGAAACUUAGAUUAAAUUUAACUACAACCCUGGUGAUUUCUUAGUAUAUAUGAGCUUUGGAGUAAGAAGAGGGUAUGAAAACUAAAAGAUAGGACAUUACAUUUUAUAUAAAUGCUACAAUCACGCUUUAACCAAAGGAUAUUGUUAUUUAGGAGGAUUAAUUUAUAAUCCCAAGAGUGGACAUAUUUGUCAAAAAUAUGGAGGUAAAAUCGUUGGAGUCUUAACCCUUCAAUAAAUGGCUAGCUUAAAUUAAAAUUUCACAAAAUUGCUAUAAAAUGAUAUCUAUUUUAUUAGACUUACAAUUUAAGAGAAUAUUUCUAAAUAGAAUAGUGAAGAAGUAUGUGAGUAGCCAAGACUUUGA